AUGCGGAAGCACAAUGUCACGACCUUUCCUCGUCCGCCAAUUGUGGAGAGGACGAACCGUCACAUCCAAAUCAAGUGGCACGGUCAGCUAGUGGCCGACUGCCCGCCUGGCGAGGCUUACUGGGUGCUCGAGGCCCAUCACGCUCCGGGUCCGUUUCCCCUCCUUGGCUUCUCCAUCUCCAUCUCCAUCUCCAUCACCAUGAUCUCCAUCUCGUUCUCCAUCACCAUCGUCAUCUCUCGCCGCCGGCUCGGAUGGCCCCUGGUGAUAGUCGCGGGAAAUUGCUCCUUAGUCCGACUGCCCUUAUCGACCACUCCUCGAGCAACCUUCUCUGAAUUCCACGGCGCCGCCACGAACUAUGCCAUUAUGAGUCCCAUCUCCGCCGCCGACAUCCUCACCAAUCGUAUCUGGUCGUAUAACGAGCCGCCCAAAGAAUACGAGGCCAUCAAGGGCUAUAUCGCGUUCUUUGUCGGACCUUGGGAGUGUUAUGUCGACAACGAAAGGGCCCACCCGCCGCCGGGUGAUUAUUAUGGCGGCUGGGUCACGAGCGACAUUGAGGGGCUCGUGAAGCCUCCUCACCAUCAGUCUCACCAGUGGGGAACGGGCUGGGACGGGGUCUUCUAG